UGUUUGUUGUCGUUGUGUUCAGGUUGUGUCAUUUUUAGCUGCAUCGCUCCUGUUAUCUCAAAAGUGCUUUGAAGUUCGGCCGGCAGUGUUCAAGUGAAGUGAAUCUUUCUUGCGACUCAUCGCUGCUUAUCAGAAUCUUAAAUACGGUGUUUGAGGGUGCUGGAAAAUAAUUCCAUCGUAAUUUUUUGAGGAUGAUUUCUGCUCGCGCACUGCACUACGUGUUCAAAAUUGGAAAUCGUGCCAAAAAUGCCCAUUUUUUCCGAGAAAUUCUGGGCAUGCAGGUGCUUCGUCAUGAGGAAUUCACUCAGGGAUGUGAUGCUGCUUGCAAUGGUCCCUACGACAAUCGUUGGAGUAAAACCAUGAUUGGCUAUGGACCUGAAUCGACUCACUUCGUCAUAGAGCUGACGUACAAUUACGGUGUCAAGGAGUACACCUUGGGAAACGAUUUCGGUGGAAUUACCAUCAAAUCUUCGGAUGUGGUCGAUCGAGCUACCAAGAGCAACUAUCCUAUGGUGAAAGAGAAUGACCACUUCGUUUUGGUAUCCCCGGAUGGUUAUAAAUUUUUCGUCAUCAACGAGAAGCAAGAUUCGACACAGGAUCCAGUGAAAAAAGCUACGCUGAACGUAACGGAUCUUGACCGGUCGGUCAAAUACUGGCACGAAACGCUGGAAAUGAAACAACUCGCGAAAAGCGACAACUCAGCCCAAUUGACUUACAAGGAAAACGGUUUCGUUCUACAGCUGAACAAGAUCAAUGGUCCGUUGGACCGCGCCAAAGCUUACGGGAGAAUCGCCUUCGCUGUGCCAUUCGAUGUGCAACCGAAAAUUGAUGAGGUCAUCAAAGCCAGCAACGGUACAAUUUUGACACCGCUGAUUUCGUUGGACACUCCCGGCAAGGCGACGGUUCGCGUUAUAAUUCUGGCUGACCCGGAUGGGCAUGAGAUCUGCUUCGUUGACGAGGAAGGCUUCACUCAGCUGUCCGAGGUGGACCCGGAGAGCAACGGCCAGCUUGACAAAUACAUCAAGAAGGAUCCAUUCCAGGAGCAAUGAGUACUUAUAUUUGUUAUAUUUUAAACAAGGGGAUCAAAUGGUAUUAUAAAGUAUAUUGUUAUUGAUUAAAUAA